AAAAACCCCGCUGUGCACCUGUGGACUUCAUCCAAAUGGCAGAGAAGUGGCAGCAGCAGCAGCGUGCCGUCGAGUUGGACCUGUAUCAGUUUUACUGCUCGGUAUGUCUGGACCUGCUCAAAGAUCCCGUCAGCAUCCAGUGUGGACACACUUACUGCAGAAGCUGUAUCGAGGGAUGCUGGGACCAGGAAAAAGAGAAGGGAACGUACAGCUGUCCUCAGUGCAGGGAGACCUUCACCCCAAGGCCUGUCCUCGGGAGGAACAACAUAGUGGCUGAGGUUGUAGAGAAGCUGAAGAGGACAGUAACCCAACAGGCCCGUCCAUCUUCUCCUCUUGUUCCUGCAGGACCAACAGACAUUGCCUGUGAUUUCUGUUGUGGGACCAGAAGAAACAAAGCCACCAUGUCUUGCCUGACCUGCUUGGCAUCGUACUGUCCGGCUCAUCUUGAGCCUCACCACAGUUUUCCUGUGCUGAAGCUUCACCAGCUGGUGUCUGCUACAGUGCCAUUAAAGGAAAAAAUAUGUGCAAAGCACAACAAGCUGAUGGAGGUUUACUGUAAGACUGAUCGAAGGUGUAUCUGCUAUUUGUGCACCAUGGAUGAUCACUGGUGCCACUCAACACUGUCAGCUGCAGCAGAAAGAGCUGCUGAGCAGGGACAACUUUUUCUGAGUCACAGUGCAGUUAAGCGGAAAUCCCAGGAGAGACAAAAAGAGCUGAAUGAGCUGGUCCAAGCUGUGAAGGACUUCAAGGUUUGUUGUCAGACUGCAAUGAAGUCCAAAGACAAGCUCUUUAAUGAGCUGAUCUCCUCCAUACAAAAGCAACAUACUUUAAUAAAGCAGCUGAUUGAAGCUCGAGAGAAACUAGCAGUUGUUCGCGCAGAAGCUCUGCAGCUGCAGCUGGAGGAGGAAAUCGCCAGGCUGAAGAAAAGAGACGCCGACCUGGAACAGCUUUCUCAUACACAAGAUCACAUUCAUUUCAUUCAGCUCUUCAAGUCUCUCUCCAUCUCGUGUGAAUCUCCAGACUUGCCAACAGGUGCUGUUGUUCGUCCUCAGCAAUCAGUGGAAACCCUGACCGAAUGUCUGACUCAGCUGAGAGAUGACAUGAAGAAGCUUCUGGAGACCGCAUGGCCCAAGAUCUCUGCAACAGUUUUCGGUAUAAAUGUUGUGCUGCCACCUGUGCCAAAGACCAGGGAAGAGUUUUUGUGUUAUCACUGUCCUCUAACACUGGAUCCCAACUCGGUCAACAAAUACUUGGACCUUUCACAAGAUUUUCAACGAGUGACGAGUGGCUCCUAUGAGCAUUUUCAUUCAUCUCACUCGGACAGGUUUGGAGGUGUGAAGCAGGUGCUGUGCAGAGAGGGUUUAACAGGGCGGUGCUAUUGGGAGGUCAGUUGGAGUGGUGGCGUUUGGUCAGUGGCAGCGUCUUACAAAAACAUCAGCCGAACAUCAUUCGACUCAGAAUUUGGGAAGAAUGACAAGUCCUGGAGUUUGGAGUGCUCGGCAAAUGGGUAUACUUUCAGACAUAAUUCAGUAACCAAGGCGGUGUCAGGUCCUCGUACCUCUCAGAUUGGAGUGUAUCUGGAUUACAAGUCAGGUACUCUGUCGUUUUACAGCAUCUCUGACACCAUGACUCUGCUUCACAAAGUGCGCACAGUAUUCACUCAGCCUCUCUAUCCUGGCCUUGGGCUGAAGGAAUUAGUCUCUGGCUGUUAUUCAGAAAUGAAAAAGUUGUGAUGCCAACUUUACAAUGUCUUUCAAGACCUAAUAUAAACAGUGUAAAAACCUGUAAGUGCUGCUGUUAAGUGAGCUCAUUGAACUUGUUUGACACUUAUUUGCUAAAUGCUGAAUGACUCGCACUGUUUGGAUGUUGAGAGGCGUGACAGGUGCUCCACUGUCCUCACCAGGCAGGUGUAAAGUUGUGGUUCUAGAUUGAAACAUUAGAGAAAUAAAAUCGCUGCUCAGGAAAUGUAGCAGUUUGUUGCUUUAAGCAAUAUCAUUA